UUGCUAGGAGGAGUUGCUGCGGUCUAUUACAUUCCUUCCCCUCUUCGGCAAGAAGAAAUUGGUCCUCCAAUUUUUCUCUUUGUCUUCUGAUUUCUUCUAUUCCUUACUUCUCUUUGGCAUGUGGCGUGGCAAUGGUUAGGUGAAAACUUGUUUUUACCCGUCACCUACUUUCUUUCCUUCACCGUUAUUCUUGUUUGUUGGGCUACAGUAUGAGGCACAAAAUACAAGAUAUGUUUUCUAUACCGUUAUUCAUUCUCUUUAUGCUAAUAAAGUGUUAGUUAAUAAUUGAUGGUCUACGUUCCUUUUUACUGGAAUGCUACUACAGAUUUCAAUCAUUUUUUUUUUUUUUUUUUGUAUGCUUUUCUUCUCUUCUCUUCUUUUAGUUUUUUCUUGCCGUUCUUUCACGUCGGUUCUUGGUUUUCUGUCGUUCGUUGUCGUUUCGUGUCAUUUGUUUUGAGUUUUUAAAAUGGAGGUUGACUCUUUACAAUUUUUGUUGCGCCAUCGGGGCAAUUUUGAUGAUGUUUUGCAUCUGAUGGGGGUGUUGUUGUUUUCUUCGCCGUCUCGUUUCUUUGCUCGAUUUCGACCCGAGGACAAAGAAUUGGUAGUGCAGUUGCUGUUGUUUUCACUACUCAAUAAUCCCUGUGCUCCUUCCUCUGCUUGCGAUUUUGGCUUUCAGCGAGUUUGGAUCGGUGAUUAUUACUACGUCCGAUAUCCUGGAUAUGCGAGAUACCGCGAUCUUUAUCCUCAACAUCUCGCUAGGUUGUUGUGGUGGUUGGAGUCAGGCGAGGAUAUUUUCUAUCCCACUUCUCGGUCUGCGGUGUUUUUACCGGAAUGCCUGCUGGAGGAAUUCGAAGAUUCUGUCUAAUGA